UUCACACACUCUACUCACAACAAAAAGAAAUUUUUAUUUUUUUUAAUAAAAGUAAAUUUAAUUCCCAUUUACAUCUUCCUAUAUCAAUUCUCUUAAACUUCACUACUUCAUUUUUCAUAAUCACACAAAUCAGAUCUAAAUCUUCAUCAUUUUUAUACCCUUCAAAAAAAGUUCAUUACUACAAUUUUGAGCUUCUUUAACACAAUUUCAUUUGUUGGUUGAUGAAUUUCUUACUAAAAAUAGAUAUAUUUUCAUAAGCUAAAUGGAUAAAUUGCAACAACAAAGUGAAUCACCAACUGAUGAUUUAUUUCUAAAAUGGGGAAAUAAAAAAAGACUUAGAUGUGCACGGACCAAAGAUCCAGAUGACCCAGUGUCCGAUCCACCUUUCUCCGUCUCCGACCGCCGUAGAAUUCGCCGGAGAAUCAACUCCCGGUUCGCCGCCUUUCCUUCCGACAACCAGACCAACAACAAUCUUACUAACAACAACAAUAGUAAACAUUCUACUCGUCUUACAAGGAAUUCUGAUGUGAGAUCGGAGACAAGCCGGAAAUUGUCGCCGGAAAAGGAGGUGGUGGAGAAACCGGCGGUCAAUAUCGGCGGCGGAUGUAGUGGAAGUCAAAAAGUCAAAUAUGUAUGGCCAAAGUUAAACAUUGGAUUAACAAAUAAAGAAAAAGAAGAGGAUUUCAUGGCAAUGAAAGGAUGUAAGCCUGCACAUAGACCUAAGAAAAGACCUAAACUUAUUCAAAGAAGUUUACUUUUGGUGUGUCCAGGAGGAUGGUUGACUGAUAUAUGUCAAGAUAGAUAUGAAGUUGUAGAAAAGAAGAGUACAAAAAAGAGACCAGCAGGAUUAAAGGCCAUGGGAAGCAUGGAGAGUGAUUCAGAAUGAUGAAUGUAUACCCCAUCUUUUUUGUUUAUUUAAAUUUUGUAAAUCAUCUAUUUCAUUUCUCAAUUUUAAUGAAAAUGGAACUUUUUUGUUUA